AUGCGAAAACGAGUUAUCGCUGAGACCGCUCCUGGAGAAGAGGAGCUGGCGGAUCAGGUCAUUCGUAUAAAAGCGAAUGAUGUCGAUUCGGGGCUCGCUGCACUCAAAAGCUGUGCGCUCCCUGCACUGAGUCGGGCGGAAAGUCUCCAGCGUUAUUACGCAGAGUGGUUCCCGGCUACGGUUUUGGCACAGUGGCUUGCUGGCCGUCCAGGGGCUGAAGGCGAAGACCUACUUUCACGUCGGGAGUUCAGUUGCGAGGCGGAUGACGGAAGCGGAGGCGAGAAGAGGAUUCGCUACCUUGCCUAUCAGGAUGCUGCUGGACUGCGUGCCGAAUUCUUGCGACUGCUUCCGCUCCGGUACGAUAUAGGACCUGUGUAUGAUGCGAGUCCCAGAGAUAGGUACCGACGUAUAAAUAAACUGGAACCCGUAGAGCGCGAACUGGUCUUCGACGUGGAUCUCGAUGUGUACGAGUCUGUCAGUGCGCUAGGUCAGUCAGAGCCGGCAGGUGCCGCUGCGAACUUUGCUGACGACCCUCUGCGGGCGUGUGCCGAUAACUGGCUAUUUGUUGAGGCGGCUGUGACGGUUAUGGAACAAGCGCUUCGCGAAGACUUCGGAUAUGAACACGUUCUUUGGGUUUUUUCGGGACGGCGUGGUGUCCACGCCUGGGUGUGCGAUACGCGGGCCCGGCAGCUGACCGAUGAAGCUCGUGCCGCUAUCGUGGAAUACCUACAGUAUCGCGGGAUAUCCGCCGUUUCGAACCGCUCGUCUCUAUCAUCUACCUUCAACAGAACUGCGACAACAUUCCUGCACCCGGCGCUUCGGAGGGCUGCAACAAUCCUGCUACCAUUCAUGGACAGGUUUCUUGAAGAGCGGCCGUCGAUUUGGGCGGACGAAGGCGCCAUGGACACUGUCUUGGGCAUGUGUCCCGAUGCUCAGGUACGAGAGACGCUCCGUCGCUUUAUUCAGCGUUCCCAUACGAGAGAAUCUGCUGCCGCCGUCUGGCGCCUGGCGUUGGAGCAACUCGACAGCAAGCGCCUGGAUACGGAUGCCGCCAUGCAUAUCGUGCUAGGAUUGCUCUACCCACGCCUGGAUGUGAACGUAACCCGACAACGAAAUCAUCUGCUCAAAGGCCCGUUUAGUAUCCAUCCGAAAACGAACGCGAUUUGUGUCCCGUUCAGAGCCGACCAGGUCUCCAAGUUCCGACCAGAACGUGAUGUGCCGCGGCUUGUACCCCUGGUGACGGGCGACGCGAAAGCGCAGAAACAGCUACGCGCCGCCCUGGAUAUCAUGGAAGCCUUUGUAACGGAGUUAUACCGCGCUGAUACGUAA